AUGAUGUCUACCGCAGAAACCGAAAAUUACGAUUAUGCCAGUGGGCAAUCAGAAGCAGGAAAAUCACCUCUUUCGUCAAGUUUGAGUUUCCUCAAGGGCCUCACAGAAAAGAAGUCUACGCGGGUCGACGGCUCGACACCGAAAAGAAGAGGGCCCAAACCCGACAGUAAACCUGCUUUAACAAGGAGGCAGGAAUUAAAUCGACAAGCUCAGAGAACCCACCGUGAGCGCAAGGAAUUAUACAUCAAAGCCCUAGAGCAAGAAGUAUUUCGAUUAAAAGAAAAUUUUAGCAACGUCACUCAAAGCAAACAAUCCCUCGCAGAAGAAAAUCGACAAUUAAAGAAACUCCUCGCACAACAUGGUAUAUCGUGGAAUGGCAGCGGAGGAGUCGACGAAUUCACAAAUAAUCCGAGUCUAGGAUAUAAAUCGAGUGAUAGCCAGGCCGGCAGUUAUGCGCCAGGCUCUUUAUCAUUCAGUCCUCCACCUCUAAGCCACUCUUCGAACUCAAAUCCGAACAGUACCUAUUACGAUGCUGGAUCACCUCAACUGGGAGGAGCGCACCGAUUUUACAAUGGAAAUGAUAGCAGCAUGGCGCAUCAACCAGUUCAAGGUGUGGAUUAUGAUCAAGCAGGAAUUGACUUUGUUUUAACACUCGAGAGACCCUGUAUGGACCACAUGCAGUUCUUAGUCGAACGAUCCAGCGAUGCUGAUGGAGAGUUUUUCUCUGGCCAUGCUUUAAUGGCUACAUGUCCUCCAGAACCAGAAAUGGAGAUGCACCCAGACAUACCGUUUGGGCACUGUCUGCCACAUAGUCAUGAAUCAGAUGAAAUGAAUGGGGUUCCUCCAAAACAAAAGACGUGGGACUUGAGCAAGAGCGAUCUAGCUAAUUUGUUAGAUUUGAGUAAGAGGUUGGACUUGAAUGGGGAGAUUACACCGGUUAUGGCAUGGGGUAUGGUAUUGGGACAUCCGCGAUUUCUAGAAUUAACGGAUGUUGACCUGAAGAACAUGAGUGAAGAGCUUUUACCUAAAGUCAGAUGUUACGGAUUUGGGGCCGCACUCGAGGAAUUUGAAGUACGGGAUGCUUUGGAGGCUCGGUUCGUGACGGACCCAAUCGACGUGUCUCCAAGCUAG